UUAAACAAUGAAUGAAAAUGCAAAGCUGGCACAAUACUCCCAAUUUCACCGCGCUCUCUCUCACAUAAUCACGCGCUGAUUCGUUCAUUCAUUCACAUUUUAUCAUCUUUUUACCUUUUUCUCUUGCUUCUUCAGCUUCUUGUUUCUCUCUCUAGAAACCUGCCCUCUACUCUUCUGUUUAUUAGGAUUCCCACCUAGAACCAACCAAAAAAUUGGCCAGAAAAUGCUACAGAACCUGUAUUUCUUGGCCGUUUAUCAACAUUUCAGGCUAUAGUUAACAAUCCCAGAAAAAAAAUAUUUAAUACCCAGAUAAAGAUAGAAUUUUUUCUUUCUUUUUUUGUGUUUGAUUUCAAGAUAAUAUGCCUGAGCCUUUGUUGUUCAUUAGACCAGCAUCGCUCGAAGAGAGUGAUAAGAAAAAAUUAGAGCAGGAAGAAAAUGAAGAGAAAUUAGAGAUUGCACCCAAUACCAUUACCACCACUACACCAAAAUCAGUUAUAAUUAUACCCAGAAGCAAAUCUCAAGCUAUAUGCCGUAGAGUCACCCCUACGUCUGUUUCACCCUCAGGAAAUGCAGCUGAUAUGAUCGAGAAGCACCUUCCUAAUGGGGAUCUGUAUAUUGGGACUUUUGCAAACAAUACGCCUCAUGGAUCCGGUAAGUAUUUGUGGAAAGAUGGGUGUAUGUAUGAAGGUGACUGGAGAAGGGGGAAAGCCUCUGGUAAAGGGAAAUUUUCGUGGCCAUCGGGUGCGACUUUUGAAGGCGAUUUCAAGUCAGGUCGGAUGGAGGGUUCGGGCACUUUCGUUGGAUCUGACGGAGAUAUGUACAGAGGGUCGUGGACGGCGGAUCGGAAGCACGGGUAUGGAGUGAAGCAUUACAGUAAUGGGGAUUACUACGAAGGACACUGGAAGAAGAAUUUGCAGGAAGGACAAGGAAGAUAUGUAUGGAAGAAUGCGAAUGAGUAUAAAGGGGAAUGGAAGAAUGGGAUGAUUAAUGGAAGGGGUGUUUUGGUUUGGAACAAUGGGAAUAGAUAUGAUGGGAAUUGGGAGAAUGGGGUUCCCAAGGGUGAUGGUGUAUUCACUUGGCCUGAUGGUAGCUGCUACAUUGGCUGCUGGUCCAAGGAUUCUUGCAAAAACAGUAAUCAAAUCUUGAAUGGUACUUUUUACCCUGCCCACACUAGCAAUAAGUCCAAUGGAAUGAAUGGAAAUGGAAGUGAGGGGGCUUUGAAGGGGUACUUUAGUCAGAAGUUGUCAUCAGCGGCGCUGAUGACGGUGGGGGAAGAGAGUGUAAACGUAGCCAUAGUUGGUAGUGCAGGGAAGAAGAGAUCGUCCGUGGAUGGUGGGAUGACUGAGAGGUCUUUUCCAAGAAUAUGCAUUUGGGAGUCGGAUGGUGAGGCUGGGGAUAUCACUUGUGAUAUUAUUGACAAUAUGGAGGCAUCAAUGCUGUAUAGGGAUGGAUUGGGGUUGGACCGGGAUGGGAUUAUGAAGUUUCGGAGGAACCCCUGUUGUUUUGGUGGAGAGGUGAAGAAGCCAGGAGAGACUAUAUCCAAAGGGCACAAGAAUUAUGAUCUUAUGCUCAAUCUUCAACUGGGAAUUAGGUAUUCUACUGGAAAGCAUGCUUCUCUAGUACGCGAUCUCAAGCAGAGUGAUUUUGAUCCGAUGGAGAAGUUUUGGACUCGGUUUCCUCCGGAAGGAUCAAAGCUUACGCCGCCUCAUCAAUCUGCGGACUUCAGGUGGAAGGAUUAUUGUCCAGUAGUGUUUAGACAUUUAAGGGAACUUUUUCAAGUCGAUCCUGCGGAUUAUAUGUUAGCCAUUUGUGGGAAUGAUGCUCUGAGGGAGCUAUCGUCUCCUGGGAAAAGUGGAAGUUUCUUUUAUUUGACACAGGAUGAUAGGUUUAUGAUCAAAACGGCGAAGAAAUCGGAAGUCAAGGUGCUUAUUAAGAUGCUUCCUAGAUAUUACCAACACGUCUCUCGAUAUGAAAAUUCUCUCGUCACAAAGUUCUAUGGUGUCCAUUGUGUCAAACCAGUGGGUGGCGUCAAGACACGGUUUAUUGUGAUGGGAAAUAUGUUUUGCUCGGAUUAUCGGAUCCAUAGAAGGUUUGAUUUGAAAGGAUCAUCCCAUGGCCGCACAACGGAUAAGCCUGAAGGAGAAAUUGAUGAAACCACUACUCUUAAGGACCUUGACCUUAAUUUUGUGUUUCGUUUACAAAGCAAUUGGUAUCAAGAACUGAUCAAACAAAUACAUCGGGACUGUGAGUUCUUGGAGGCGGAGAGAAUCAUGGAUUACAGUCUUUUGGUUGGUCUUCACUUCCGUGAUGAGAAUAGCGGCGACAAAAUGGGUUUGUCACCAUUUAUGUUGCGGACAGGAAAGACCGAUUCAUUUCAAAAUGAAAAGUUCAUGCGAGGUUGUCGUUUCCUUGAAGCAGAACUACAAGACAUGGAUAGGAUUCUAGCUGGCAGGAAACCCUUGAUCAGGCUGGGGGCAAACAUGCCGGCCCGAGCAGAGCGAGUGGUUCGAAGGAGCGAUUUCAAUCAGUACACUUCUGUUGAAUUUAGCAAUUUGGCACCUCCUAGGAGUGGUGAAGUUUACGAAGUCAUCCUCUACUUUGGGAUCAUCGAUAUUUUACAAGACUACGAUAUCAGCAAGAAGCUAGAACACGCAUACAAAUCCUGGCAGGUAGAUCCUGCCUCAAUUUCAGUUGUUGACCCAAAACUAUAUUCCAAGAGAUUCCAGGAUUUCGUAGGGAGAACCUUCGUUGAGGAUAGGUGACACAUAUGAGAAACCGCAAUUUUUGAUAUACUGAAUGGUAUUGGAUUGAGCAGCAUAUAGUGACAUUGGGAACGACACUCUUUGCUUGAAAUAAUCAUUGCGGUGGAUGGCAUUUGUUGGGAUCGAUGGGCCAAUAUUCUCAAUGUCUCAUGGCUGAAUUUUGUGGAUCAGCCAUUGUUAGGAGUAAGUUAUUUGUACAUCCAAUGUGGGUGGGGGAAAUAUUGGUUUUACGGGUUCUUUUUCAUUUUAUUAGUAAUUUUUGGCGUAUCCGAGGAAUGUUAAGAUUUGAAAGAUAGACAUAGGUAAAGAACAUGUUUUCCCCCAAGAGAAGAUUCAAAAUAUGGGAGAGGGGACUUUGAUAAUGAAAAUUGUACAGAUUAUAGGAACAAGAGGGUUGUAUAUAGAUUAAGAAAUUAUGGAAUCUUUUUUUUUGUGAGAUUUCUAAACAUCUUUAUGUGAAAGCGGACCUAUACCUUAAAUGCCCUACCCCAAAUAUAUAAAUGUUGUACUUUGCUUUUCUUUUUGGUUGUUUUGAAAGAGAGGGUGCCUUGGAGCAGAGGAAGAGUUGUAAUCGCAUGAAAAGGAGAGAAAGCAAGAAAAGAUGGGCUCGUGUUUCUUGCUCUCUCUCUCUCUCUCUUUACUGUACACUCUGUUUUAUAAUUUGGAAAUGUAACUUGAAUAAGCACUUUUUUU